AUGUCGCCUGCUGCAACACUGCAGGUAUCGCCAGCCACGUUGCCCGACACAGGAGGAGAGCCAGCAGAAGCCACAAGAGAAGUGGCGUCUCCACCUGCGUCACCAUCCACAGUACGAGUUCAACGACCAGCUGCACCACAAGUGGUUGCACCAGCCACUUCACCAGCCACACCAGGAGUUGCCACGGAAGCCACAACAAAAGUGGUGUCGCCAGCUGUAAUGCCAUCCACAACACAACUUGAACCAUCAGCUGCAACACACGUGGCAUCCCCAGCCACUUCCCCAUGUACAACACAUGUCUCAUCAGGCAUGACACAAGUGGCGUCGACACCUACAAUCCAAGUGAAGUCACCACCCACAACAAGAGCAAUUCUUCGAGCCUCAUCGCCAGGCAAAACAGAAGUUACAUCACCAGCAGCCAACUAUCCACAAAACGUGUAG